AUGUUUGCUGAGACUGAUUUUGGUAAUCCUAUGCAAAAUGUCCCGGCACGACGUUUAACUCGUGUCCGGCAACAUCAGGCUCAAAAAGGUGCCAAGCACUCGAAUUUACUGAUUAAGUCAAACCGAAGAAUCGAAUCGAUUAACGACAUCUCAUUCAGAAAUCCCAUAACGAAGGAAGUCAUAACCCGUUACAUAACUGACAUCAAGAACGCCGACGUCUUCUACACGGAUUCCAAUGGACGUCAGAUGAUGAGACGACAGAAGAAAUUCAACCCCUCGUACAAAUAUGUGGACUCGGAACCGGUUUCUGGUAAUUAUUAUCCAGUAACUAAUAGGGUGUUCAUAAAGGAUGACAAGCUUCAGUUGACUGUGCUGACGGAUCGAGCUGAGGGUGCCACGGCGGUCGACGGGGGGCUGGAACUCAUGCUACAUCGACGCUGCUUCGCCGAUGAUCAUUGGGGAGUUGAUGAGGCCCUUGAUGAGCCGGGUGAUGGCAAUGGUCUCGUUGCUCGUGGAACUCAUUACGUACUACUCGGCAACCCGAAGACGGCAGCCGCUAUUCAUCGACCAUUAGCUGUCGACAUUUUCCACAGUCCUCAGUUAACAUUUGCUCCAGUGAAAAAUGCUACUGGUUAUGCUGAACGCUAUCGUAUGAAGGUAUGUAUUAGCGAAAUGAUCGUCAACGAUGGCGGCGUACAGCCGUGUACUCGUCAGAACCGUUCAGUAGUGAAAAUGUCAACGGCAUUCGCUACUUGA